AUGGCUCUUUGCGUGCUUUUAGAAAUUCAGAGGGGCGACCGUCCCAGCGAUGUGUGCGCGGGGCUGCUGGAUGGUUUGGCCGACUGGCUGAAGGCACCGCCAAUCCUGGUUAGGGGGCUUCAGCCCGUCGAGAUCGGCGAGUCGGCCUUCAAGCGCGAUCUUGGGCUUGCUCUGGGCACGGCCCCCGUUUUUCUGCAGCUGCGGGAUGCCCGACGCGACGAUGCCGAAGCAGCGGGACGGCUUGCCGUCGAUCAUGAUCUCCCGCCGGAAGAUUUCUGUUCCUGCCGUGCUCCUCUUCUUUCGAUGGCCGCGAACCGGCCUCGCGGUGAUUUCGAAGCGCUUUUGGCAUUGCGGGCAGAUGUAAACAAACCCGACAGUCGCGGUCAUACCCCGCUGGUUUAUGCGGUCUUUGCCUACUCGCGCGGUUGCACUACGCUGCUCCUGCGGGCAGGCGCUUCGGUCGCGCCGGACACGGGAUACUGCCCGCUCCUGUUGUCCGUGGCCAUGGGGCAGUGUCAAAUGGUGAAUGUUCUGCUACAUGCGAGGGCGUGCCCCCAUCGGCGUGCCGUAGCGGGCAGCCUUCGCGGGAUAUCUCCGUAUGGUCUGGCGUGUGAAUGGAAUGACGGAGAGAUCAUGCGGGCUUUCCGAAUGCACGGGCACCAUACUGCGGGCCCGCACCCGCCGAUCCUGCCUGUUUGCUUUUCCCUGAGCGGUUGCGAGGUUGCCCUCAGUGAAGCCGGAGCCGAACAUGCUUUGAUCCUAGAGCAGUUCCAUCGCAUGCCUUCGGUGGGGUUGUUGGUCGCCGAAGAACACAGUGAUCGGAUUGCCAUCACCUACGACUCUUCCGCGUCCUUGCCAACCUAUGCACUGGCCCUGCGGCGUGCCUUUUGUAGGCAAGACUACGACUUGGCUGCUAACAUCCUGGAGCGUCGACCCUUCCUGAUCGAGGAGGCGGAGUAUAUAGUAUGGGGUGACGACGGGCUUCCUCUUGUUUGGGCGGCUAAAAUACGGGAAGUCGGUGCUAUUUCUACGCUGCUACAGGCGCGGGCAUCUCCUAACAUGACGACGCCCGGCCACGCCGCCCCGCUUCUGCUCGCGGCUCGGCAUGGGGGAAUUGGAUCGGUCGCUCUACUUCUCCUGGCUCGAGCAGAUGUCAAUCACGUCGAUGCCGACGGCCUCUCCGCGCUGAGCAUAGGGGCGGCGCUCCGCUCCCCCCCUUUGGUCUCGCUCCUGUUGGAGUUCCGCGCUCAUCUGAGCACGCGGCCGGAGGUUCUUUUGCCGCUAUUGAACAGCACGUUCCAGCGCGAUGGCCUCGGCCACGACCAUUGUGAAGCGUCGGUUCUGCUGCUGCGCGCAGCCGGCGGCGUUGGGCAUUCCGACGUGGUCCACAAGGUAAUUUCGGAACUCGUUCCGCGACUCCUGGCCGAGGGCAAUUGGUCCGCCAUCUUCGUGGUUCACUGCUGGGCGCACCUGCAGUUAGGACUCCAAUCGACGGUCGCCUCCGGCUGUUGCCCUGCUUCGGCUUCGGGGUCCUAG